AUGCCCUCCAUCACCACCGACCAGUGGCUCGAAGCCGCCGCCUACCGUCGCAGUGUCCGUGCCUUGGGGGGAACCUCCAAGGUUUCAGAUGAACGAGUUCAUGAGAUUGUCGCCAAAGUCCUUUCCUUUGCUCCCUCAUCUUACAAUACUCAGCCCGUCCGCAUCUCGCUUGCUUUUGGGGAGAAGCACAAAGAGCUCUGGAGCAUUAUCCUCAGGGAGGCUGAGCCGAUCCUCAAGUCAAUUAAUCCAGGUCUCUGGCAGAAGUUGGGCCCCCUUUUUGAAGGCCAUAAAGCUGCAUAUGGAUCCGUACUCUUCUGGGAGCACGGUGAGACGACAAAAGAGGCUGCCGAGACGCACAAAGCAACCGGGCAUAUGUUUGGCGAAUGGGGAGAGCAUACUCAGGGCAUCCAUCAGAUCCUUGUCUGGACUGCGUUGGAACUGGAAGGAGUCGGAGCCAAUCUGCAGCACAUGAACGCCAUUCCACCCGUCGAGGCUGCCAUCAAGAAGUUCGCCGGGGUCCCUGAAGGUUACAAACUAAAGGCCCACUUGAACUAUGGCGAUGAGCAGGCUCCUCGCCCCGAGAACCCGCCGAAACUGCCAAUUACAGAGACGCUCACGAUUCUAUGA